UCUGUCCGUCUCUCCACCUAUCCACUUGAAUAUAAUCACUGUCGUCCAACAUGUCCCCCGACGCCGCCCUACGUCUUCCUAGCCAACCCUAGUGGCGCCAUUCGCAGCUGGGCGCUCGCAAAAUCAGGAAUCCCUCUUUGCGACCGACAGCCCCGAAUCUCCUCACCACUCCCUCUUUCCUCUCUUCCCGCCAGGCAUGCUUACCUCGUCGUCGCCAACCGUCUCAGCACCCCCCUCGCCCUCGGCCGCCUUCCACCAGAACCACCCCCACUCCCGCUCCUCCUACCAUGCCGCCUCGAGACGGACACGCUCUCCCAGAUUCCCCGUAGCCUCCACCACCGCAACGCGCCGCGACAUACCUACCUCGCCUCUGGCUCCCUCGCCCGUGCCGCCGUACCCCCAAUCGCCCUCCCACAAGAGGAAAGGAUACCAAGACUCGGGCACCCAGUACACCCCACCAGGCUAUCCUCCUACAUAUCGUCCCGCCCCGCAACCCGACGACCGGAGCACCACCUUGGUGUCUCUCCCUGCACCAUCUACAUCCACCUCCCAAGUCGAGCGGGGGGAUCCCUCCGCCGAAGUUGUCGCCACGGAACCUCCAGAACCUCUGCUGCGGAUUGACCCGCAACCUGCAGUGUCUGCCCAGCAUGAUCCGUCUGGGGCUAGAGAGUUGAAGGAAUCAGGGGAGUCGAAACAGCCAAGAGACGAGGACGCGGGCGACGACGUGGUGUCAGAGGCUACGGGGCGGGAGCAGUCUUCACUCCAAAACCUAAGACAGAGUGUGGCAAGCACUCUCAUGCCACAGUCUUCCCCGGCCAAAAGGGCGCGGCCGCUGUCCCAAAGUGUCAAAGUGAUGCCGUUGCAGUACGAAACGUGUGAUGUGAAGGACCUGGGCGUUCUAAUAUCGGAUAUGCUGAUGGAGCUGGUGCGUCUGAACGACGAUUUCCCGCUUCGCGACGGGCAUCUCACCCGUUUCCAUUCUAGGGCACCGCCUGCCAUAUCCGUCAGAGAUUACCUGGUACGGUUAAUCGUGCAUGCAACUCUAUCUCCGCCUAUCCUGUUAUCCAUGGUCUUUUAUGUCGAUAAACUUUGCACCAUGUAUCCCGCUUUCACGAUUAGCAGUCUAACCGUCCACCGCUUCCUCAUAACGGCAGCCACAGUAGCAGCAAAAGGCCUCAGCGAUAGCUUCUGGACUAACAGCUUGUAUGCAAAGGUUGGCGGGGUAAGCCUGCGGGAGCUGGCUUUGUUGGAAGUCGAAUUUCUGAAGAGACUAGAGUGGCGCAUAGUCCCCAAGCCGGAAACCCUGGUGGAUUAUUACAAGGGGCUCGUAGAGCGUGGGCAGGGCUAUGUUCUCGAGAAAGAGCCGGACACAACUCCGGUCAUGGCGGAUUCGACAACCGUAACAGUGGACCCUGAACUAUCCGCGUCGAAAGCAGAAACCUGUGAGCCGUAG